GGGCUUGUGUUAGUGACGUCACGUUUGCGCGCCUUAACGAAUGGAAUAGCAACAACAAGCGCAAUGUGGCAACUGGUAAAAGAGAGCGGAGAAGAGACCUUUCAUUUUCUGACUGAUACGGAGUACGUUGUGGGAAGGAAGAACUGCGCAAUAUUAAUCCAAGAUGAUCAAUCCAUUAGUCGAUCUCAUGCUGUUUUUUCAGUUAGCCACUCGGCCUCUAACCUGGGCCGUUCUGACAAAAUACCCACUUUGACAAUUAAAGAUUCUUCAAAAUAUGGCACUUUUAUUAAUGAAGAAAAGAUGGAAAAUCCGGUUCCCAGGAGCCUGAAAUCUGGUGACAGGGUCACAUUUGGUGUUUUUAACAGCAAGUAUAGAGUGAAGUAUGAGCCUCUGGUUGUGUCAUCUUCCUGUCUGAGUGUCGCAGAGAAGACAGCUCUGAAUCAAGAUCUCCUGCUUCUGGGAGGUCACAUGCUCGGCAACUGGACGGAAAACUGCACCCACCUUGUAAUGACAUCCAUUAAAGUUACCAUCAAGACUAUCUGUGCCAUGGUUUGUUGCAAACCGAUUGUGAAACCUGAGUACUUUAGUGAAUUGACCAAAUCCAUUAAGCAGAAGCAAACGCUGCCUGCAUUAACAAGCUUCAUUCCCCUCAUUGAUGAACCUUCAAUUAAAUCGGACUCAUUGGAUCUCUCUGUAAAUGUUAAAAGAAAAAUUAUCUUUAAGGGCAAAGUCUUCUUAUUCCUAAGUGAAAAACAGUACAAAAAAAUGGCCCCAGCUAUUACUUUUGGUGGUGGAGAAGUAAAAUUAUUGAAGGGGGAACUGAAAGACUCGUCACUGCUGGAUAGUCCGAAGACCUGUGUAAUUGACGUGAGCAUGAGCGAUUCACAACUCUCAAUAUCAGAACCAUCACAAACCUGGAGCAAUUCUAUUUUGGACAUGCUGCAAAGAAAGGAUCUAAGAGCAAUCCCAGAAGCAGAAAUUGGUUUAGCGGUUAUCUAUAUGUCAACAGAAAUUUACUGUAAUCCUCGAAGUCGCUCAUCUCCAGGAAACGAGAGCGAAACUUCAAGGCCAAAUAUUAUUUCACAAAGCAUGGCGGUCGAUGAGACAGUCUUGCCUGGGCCAACUCUUAACAUCACUGCUUAUGUUGUAAAUACAGAACCUCAAGACGAGACAAAUACCUGGAUGGACAUCAGUGGAAUCCGUGAAGUUAAAGAAACACCAAGAAAUAGCCGUAUGAGCUCUAAGACAUGUCCAGAACGUAAUCAAGAAACAGGAGGCAAAGAUUACAUCAAGGGUGCUUUGUACGAAGAAAACACAGCAGUAGCAGAAAAAACAAGUAGCCAACGAUCACCUGUAAAUGAGUCUUUCAAAACCAAAAGCAGCAUAUCACAAAAAAUGCCUUCCACUAAUAAAAUAAAGAAUUACUUCCAGCCGUUGUCCAAGAAGAGAGAGAGAGAAGAUGAUGAAAAGGAAUUCUCGUUCUCCAAGUCAGCAAGAAUGGAAGACAUCACCUCCUGCCCAGAGGAGAUAAGGCUACAACCAGUGAUCAACAACGAUGGUCCAAAAUCUCAAGGUCAUCAAUCAGACCUAGAUAUGGAGCCAGUUAGUUUAUUUGAUGAUAACUUAGAUGUAUCAGCAAAACAGUCCAAAGAUGAUAUGGUAACUGCUCAGAUGGCAUCUCAAAAAGAUGAAAUAUUAAAGAAAAGAAAGGACAUGGAAGAGGAUUUGGUUGAAGAGUCAGAUUUAGAAAGUGGAGGAGAGCUUGAUGCCGAAGUGGAGCAGAACGGUUUGAGGUGUAAUGAUUCGCUUAAAGUAAAAAGACGAAGACUGGACGCGGAAAACAACCGAAACAUCAGUGGAGAUCUAGACAAGGGCGCUCUACAGCAGCCUCCUCCAGAGACCAUUCAGAAAGUAAAGGUGGAGUGUAAAGAGGAACCAGAAUCUCCUCAAAAAGGGGGUCAGAUUAUUAAAGAACCAAAAGAAGAAUAUGACGAGGUCCAUAGCAGACUCUUGCUGACCGAAUUUCGAUCGCUAGUUGUUGGUCGCCCAGCGAAAAACAAUCAUUUCAGCAAUAACACAAACCAUGGAAAUGUAACGAACUUCAAGAAAUUCAGAAAGGUAGCAUACCCUGGAGCAGGCGGCUUCCCUCAUAUUAUUGGAGGUUCUGACUUGAUUGCUCACGAUAGAAAGAAAAAUUCAGAGCUUGAACAAUGGUUACGUCAGGAAGUAGAGGAACAAGCUCAGCAGGCAAAAGAAGACUCAUUAGCCGAGGAUCUUUUCAGGUACAAUCCUAAAAUUGUGAAAAGACGACGAUAGAGGCUUCUCCUGAGUCAAGUCGUGUUAUUUGUUCUUUAACAGAAGGGAAAGGUUCUGAUGUGUACAGAAACUACAUUGAUCUGUGUUUAUGUAUAUAAUAAUAAAAAAAAAAUCUGCUCAGUUA